AUGUGGCGUAUUACUCAACGCGAGGUGAGCUCAAAGGGAAAACGCGGAGAUGACCUCAUCGUGGGAUUUGCAGUGCCCGUAGAGCUCUCCGGCAGGAUUGUGGUUUACGGGCAGAACUUUCAGUUCCAAUACUCUCUGCCGCCAAACACAACAUUCUUCACGGACUUCCUUACGUCGUCGUCACGACGACGACGUAAAAGUGUUAGUCGGAACGAAAGGAUAACUGUCUACCGGCUUCUGGAGGACGAGUUCGAAAGAAGGGGAAUAGAUGGAAAAGAGUGCAUGAAAAAGAGCAUAUGCGAAACAGCAACAACUCUUUUAGAGGACGAAGGACUUGUGGGAGAAUUGUUGCAUCUUUUGCUCACGCCUCGAAAAAGCGAUACACCUUUGAGCUCUGAGUAUUUACAAGCACUAGAAUUUGGUCGAGAAUACCACGACUGUUCACGGAUUUACAAAUCGUGUCUUCCUGGUCAAGGAAUUCUAGAUCAAAUCUCAAAAUUAAUAUAA